AUGGCUGGGCUCCUUCUCUUCAUUCUGUCGGCCAGCGCUUGCUUACUGCUCUUCAUUGCAUUCAAACGAUGGACGAGGGAUGGGCGGUUGAAGCACCUACCUCCCGGGCCGAAGGGUCUCCCUUUUAUCGGGAACAUGCUAGACAUGGCCGACACGGACAAGAUGGUCCAAAAAUCCAAAGACUGGGCUGACGAAUAUGGCGAGAUAUUUUACACCAAAGUCGGCCUGUCUAAUUUUGUGUGGCUCUCGUCCCCAAAGGUGGUCAGAGACCUCCUGGACAAGAAGGGCUCCAUCUACUCCUCGCGUCCCCCCAGCGUUAUGAUCAACACGGUCUCCAACGGGGAGCGGUUGAAUUUCCUGCCCUAUGGUCACAAAUGGCGCACAAUCAGGAACAUCCUUCACUCUGCCCUAAACUUGGAAACAUCCUCGACGUACAAGCCUGUGCAAGAUUUUGAGUCUAAACAGGCUGUGUGGGAGAUUCUACACGCCAAAGAUGACUGGGAAUUCAGCGACAUCAAUCGCCGGUACUCUACCAGCACCAUCAUGACCAUUACAUACGGGCUCCGAGUCCCGACUCUGCAGCACCGGCUCUACCAGGACAUAUUGAAGAUUGUCCGUCACUUCUCCUUGGCGACGGCUCCAGGAGAAUGGAUUGUUGACAUGGUGCCCAUGCUUGCCGAUAUUAUCCCCCAGUUUCUUCUACAGAACUGGAAGACUGUUGCUCAGAAGUGGUACCAGGAAGAUGCGGAAAUAUAUCUUGGUCUAUACAACAAGCUUAUGAGUGAUAUCAAGAAUGGAACGGCGCCGGAUUGCUUUAUCAAGGACAUGGCACGAGAAAAGUUGAAGAAGAAUCCAAUUUCAGAUACGACGGCCGCCUUUGCUGCCGGCGCAUUGAUCGAGGCGGGUAGUGAUGCCACCACGACAGCGCUGAACAAUGUUGUUCUAGCUUGCCUUCUCUAUCCCGAGAUAGUAGCGGGUGCACAUGAGGAGCUUGAUCGAGUCGUGGGUCAAGAUCGGAUGCCCGAUUUCAGUGAUGAGCCAAAUCUUCCGUAUAUCCGCGGGAUCGCCAAAGAAACUUUGCGAUGGAGGGCAUCUACCAAGAUUGGCCCGGCUCACGCCACGACCCAGGACGACUGGUACAAUGGAUACUUUAUUCCCAAGGGAACCGGCGUUGUUCUUAAUUGGUGGGCGAUUCACAUGGACGAGAAACGCUGGAAAGACCCUGAGCGCUUCGAUCCCACUCGCUACCUUGAGGAUCCUCUCACUGAAGCUGAAUCUAUGGCCCAGCCAAACCCCGAACUGCGCGACCACUUCACUUUUGGUGCUGGUCGCCGCAACUGUCCCGGUGUUCAUAUUGCCCACAACUCGCUUUUUAUCAAUAUCGCUCGUAUAUUUUGGGCCUUCGACAUCAGAAAAUCCAAGGACAAGAAUGGAAACGAGAUAGAGCCCUCCACGGCCGCGCAGCCGGGGUUUCUACUUACACCUGUAAAAUUCCCGUGCCACUUUAAGGCUAGGAGUGAAAAACACGCAAGUAUUAUAGAGGAGAAGUGGGCUGAGGCGCAGAGAGAGGGAAUUGACGGGUGGAAGGACAAGAAAACGGGAGAUUACUAUGACGGCAAUGUCUCGGGAAGAUAA